AUGACAUCUGAUAAUGAGUGUGUUAAUAAAAUUUUAAUAAAACCUAUUAAAAUGAAAAUAGAUGGGUUAUGGUUAGAAAUAUCUGAGGAUGUCAUUAAAAAUCAUCCUGGUGGAGCAGUUUUAUCACAAUAUAGUGAUUCUGAUGCUACCCACAUAUUUCAUGCAUUUCAUGAAGGUUCAGAAAUUGCCUAUAAACAAUUAAAUUUUUUAAAAAAGCAUAAAGUUAUUAAUGUUAAAGAUGAUCCAAUAUUACAAAAACAAAAUCAAAAUGAUUGUAGUGAUAUAAAUGUAUCUACAUAUGAUUAUACAAUAGAAGAAGAAAAAGCAAUGGUUAAAAAUUUUGAAAAAUUAAGAGAAAAAAUCUUUGAAUAUGGGUUAAUGGAUGACGACCAGGCAUUUUAUAUAAGAAAAACAUUUGAUACACUUACCAUAAUGAGUAUAGCAUUUGUUCUUCAAUAUUAUGGAUGGUAUUUUAUUUCAGCAUUAGUUUUGGGAUUAGCUUGGCAACAAUUAGGAUGGUUAUGUCAUGAAUAUUGUCAUCACCAACCAGGAAAAGAUAGAAAGUUUAAUAAUGUAAUGUCAAUAUUUCUUGGUAAUAUUUGUCAAGGAUUCUCACGAGAUUGGUGGAAGGAUAAACACAAUACUCAUCAUGCAGCAACUAAUAUCAUAGAUCAUGAUACUGACAUUGAUUUAACACCACUAGUUGCAUUUGUACCAAAACAAUUGAAAUAUUUUAAACAACCAAUAGAAAAAUUACUUCUCAAAAUAAUUCCAUAUCAACAUUUAUAUUUUACAUUGAUGCUUCCAUUAAUUCGUGUCUCAUGGACAUCACAAUCUAUUGCAUUUGUCUUUGCUCAAAGUACCAGUCAAUUUAAACAAUAUAGGAUAAAUGCAUUCUGGGAACAAUUAGGAAUAAUAAUUCAUUGGACCUGGGUUCUUGGACAAUUAUAUUUACUUCCAGACAAUACAACGAGAAUUUGGUAUUUCUUAUUAUCGCAACUCCUUGGAGGUUUUCUUAUUGGGUUUGUUGUAACAUUUAAUCAUAAUUCAGUUGAUAAAUAUCCUGAAAAUAGUAGAAUAUUAAAUAAUUUUGUUGCACUUCAAAUAUUAACAACAAGAAAUAUGAAUCCAUCAGUUUUUACUGAUUGGUUAUGGGGUGGAUUAAAUUAUCAAAUUGAACAUCAUCUUUUCCCAACUAUGCCAAGAUCAAAUUUAAAUUCUUGCAGUAAAUUAGUUAAAAAAUUUUGCAAAGAUAACAAACUACCAUAUUAUUGUGAUGAUUAUGCUACAGGUUAUAGUGAAAAUUUAAAACAACUUGAAAAAGUAGCACGUCUUUUAGCAAAAAAUAAAAUAGUCGAAUAA